AUGCUGACUUUGAGCCAGGAGAGCCCUCAUGAGCACCAGCAAAACCUGCUGUUGUCUCGUAUCAUCACCAAUGUGGAGAAACUCAACGAGGCGAUAGUUGUGAUGAACAAGUCGCUUCAGGAGAUCAACAUUCAGAACAUGAAUGUCGAGCUCGUUGCGCAAAUGUUCAAAAACUACCAGUCCAAUGUUUUAUUCCAUUUAGAAGCAACUGAUAAUCUGAAAGAGCCCUCAUGAAGCAAAAGCACUCUAGCUAAUGGGGCCAAGAGGGGUUCGGUUACUAUGCCAAUGUCCAUUGUCUCUGGGCAUUGAAAAGACUGGUAGCAUAGUUGAGCAAUUCUACUACUUUACUGUCAAGACACCUGAUUUGAGGGAACAGAGUCAAGUAAACUCUCGGCCUCCAAAGCACCUUUGGCUUAAAAUAAAGAAUAGGAUGGAUAUCGAAAGAAAGAAUACUCCAGAUGCUGCUCUGCUAUUAAUCGUUGUAAAUGUGAACAAGCUACCCUGCACAGGAUAUGUGGAGCAAAGCAAGACCAAGUGGGCUCCAUGAAAGGCAGGGGUCUGACCUCACCAACGAAGCUCUGCG